AUGGAUAAAAGAAAGCUAUCCACUGCGGGAGAUAGUCUUUAUUUAAUAUUACAAGUCCCAAAAACCGCAACGGCCGAUGAUGUCAAGAAAAGUUAUCGAAAAUUGGCCUUAAAAUAUCACCCAGACAAAAAUCCCAACAAUCCUGAGGCAGCUGACAAGUUCAAAGAAGUCAACCGUGCCCAUACUAUACUGAGAGAUGCCACUAAGAGGAAUAUAUACGACAAUUAUGGUUCUCUCGGUCUUUACAUCGCAGAACAGUUCGGAGAGGAAAAUGUCAACGCCUACUUUGUCGUGACGAGUACGUGGUGUAAAGCGUUAUGCGUUGUUUGCGGUAUCUUAACGGGUUGUUACUUCUGCUGCUGCCUAUGUUGCUGCUGCAACUGCUGCUGUGGGAAAUGUAAGCCGCGCCCGCCAGAAGAAUCUGGAGACUACCAUACAUUGGAGCGCGACGACUCUGAUGGAGUUCAACCGGUGACAUCGCAACCAGGCGGCGAAGGGCGCCCCUCAGGCGAGCAAGCGCCUCCCAUUGCGAUGCCCGCGCCUCCCGCCCCUGGCGUUUCAGAGAACACUGGCCUCAACACAGGAAGCAGUAUUCCAAAGUACACUUGA